CGAGCCGAGCCGAGCCGGGCCGCCCGCGGCUCCGAGGCCUCACCAUGCUGCGAGCCUUUAGCCACACAGGCAAUAGGUGUGCAUUCCGCCCUGCUGGGUGCCGGCACCACCACAAACCCGUGCUGGCUAUCAGGAGGGAAGAUGUCAGUGCUUGGGAACGCAGAGCUCCACUGGCACCCAGGCAUGUCAAGGAGCUGACACAGAUGGGUUACAAAGUGCUGGUGCAGCCAUCGAACCGGAGAGCCAUCCAUGAAAAGGACUACAUCAAAGCAGGCGGUAUUAUUCAGGAAGAUAUUUCUGAGGCUUCUCUGAUAGUGGGUGUGAAGAGACCUCCAGAGGGCAAGUUAAUCCCUAAGAAGAACUACGCCUUCUUCUCGCACACCAUUAAAGCCCAAGAGGCAAACAUGCCCCUUUUGGAUGAGAUUCUGAGACAGGAAGUUCGACUGUUUGACUAUGAAAAAAUGGUUGAUCAUAAAGGAAUGCGAGUUGUGGCCUUUGGAAAGUGGGCUGGUGUAGCAGGAAUGAUCAACAUUUUGCAUGGAUUGGGAUUACGAUUUUUAGCCCUGGGACAUCACACUCCCUUUAUGCACAUUGGGAUGGCACAUAACUACAGGAAUAGCAGUCAGGCUGUGCAGGCAGUGCGAGACGCUGGAUAUGAAAUUUCACUGGGACUGAUGCCAAAGUCAGUUGGGCCUUUGACAUUUGUGUUUACAGGCACUGGUAAUGUGUCUAAGGGUGCCCAAGAAAUGUUCAAUGCCCUGCCAUGUGAGUUUGUGGAACCACAUGAGUUGAAGGAAGUUUCCCGAUCUGGAGACCUCAGAAAAGUCUAUGGGACAGUGUUAAGCCGUCACCAUCAUCUUGUAAGGAAGCGUGAUGGAAUGUAUGAUCCAGCAGAUUAUGAUAAACAUCCAGAACUUUACACUUCUCGCUUUAACACUGAUAUUGCACCUUACACAACUUGUUUGAUUAAUGGCAUAUACUGGGAACAACAUACUCCUCGCUUAUUAAGUCGACAAGAUGCUCAGAAGCUACUGGUGCCAGUUAAAUCUGCUGCUAGUGCACCUGAGGGCUGUCCUGAGUUACCACACAAACUUUUGGCAAUAUGUGACAUUUCAGCAGACACUGGAGGAUCUAUAGAAUUUAUGACAGAGUGUACAACAAUUGACAGUCCAUUUUGUAUGUAUGAUGCUGAUCAGCAUAUUAUUCAUGACAGCGUUGAAGGCUCUGGUAUUCUGAUGUGUUCCAUUGAUAAUCUGCCAGCACAGCUUCCUAUAGAAGCAACAGAAUACUUUGGUGACAUGCUUUUCCCAUAUAUUGAAGAGAUGUUGUUAUCAGAAGGCUCAGAACCUCUUGAAAACCAGAAUUACUCACCUGUUGUUCGAGAUGCAGUGAUCGCAUCCAAUGGCUCACUGACAGCUAAGUAUGAAUAUAUCCAGAAAUUGAGGGAGAGCAGGGAGCACGCCCAGUCACUGAGCAUGGGUAAUAAGAAGAGGGUUUUAGUGCUCGGCUCUGGCUAUGUUUCUGGCCCUGUACUUGAGUAUCUCACUAGAGAUUCUGAUGUCAACAUCACCAUCGCUUCUGUGAUGAAGGAACAACUUGAACAGCUGACGAAAAAAUACAGCAAUGUUACUUCAGUUCAUAUGGAUAUUAUAAAGGAUGAGGAAAAGCUGUCCUCUCUGGUGAAGAAACACAACCUUGUGAUCAGUUUGCUGCCUUAUUCAGUACAUCCUUUGGUUGCUAAGAAAUGUAUCGACAACAAAGUGAACUUGGUAACAGCCAGCUAUUUAACACCAGCCAUGAAAGAACUCCAGGAGAGUGUAGAGGCUGCUGGUAUCACAGUUAUCAGUGAAAUGGGCUUGGAUCCUGGUCUUGACCAUAUGUUGGCAAUGGAAUGCAUUGACAAGGCAAAGGAAGUUGGUGCUACGGUUGUAUCCUACACUUCUUUCUGUGGUGGCCUGCCAGCUCCAGAGCACUCUGAUAAUCCUCUGAGGUACAAGUUCAGUUGGAGCCCUCAAGGAGUCUUGCUGAAUACCGUUCAGUCUGCUACGUAUUUAAAAAAUGGAGAGGUUAUCAAUAUUCCAGCGGGAGGAGCAUUGCUUGAUUCUGUUACAGCAAUGGAUUUUUAUCCAGGAUUAAAUUUGGAAGGUUUUCCUAACAGAGACAGUACAAAAUAUGCUGAACCAUAUGGAAUUCAGACAGCUCACACUUUGUUAAGGGGCACCUUAAGAUACAAAGGAUACUCUAAAACUAUGGGAGGCUUUGUAAAGUUAGGGUUAAUUAACCCAGAUCCUUCUCCUUUACUAAACUCAACCAUGCCACUUCUAACUUGGAAAGAGCUCAUGUGCAAACUGGUUGAAAUUCAGUCUCCUGCUGAGUACUCUGUGCUUAAAGAAGCUGUAUUUAACAAGCUGGAUAGAGACAAAAGUCAGCUGGAGGCUGUGGAAUGGCUAGGAUUACUGGGAGAUGAGCCAGUUCCAGCAGCAGAUUCCAUUGUGGGGGCUCUUGCAAAGCACAUGGAGACAAAGCUGCCAUUUGGCACUGGGGAGAGAGAUAUGAUUGUUAUGAGGAAUGAAAUAGGUCUCAGGCAUCCUUCUGGCCAUUUGGAAGACAAAUUUAUUGAUCUGGUUGUCUAUGGUGAUAGCAAUGGAUAUUCUGCCAUGGCCAAAACUGUAGGAUACCCGACGGCUAUUGCUGCUAAGAUGGUUCUAGAUGGUGAAAUAAAUACCAAAGGCAUGGUUAUACCACUGACAAAGAAGAUUUAUGGACCAAUACUGGAGCGUGUUAAGGCAGAAGGCAUUACAUACAAUACUCAUAAUGUUAUCAGACAGUAACUGGAAGCAAUGAAUUGAAUCUGGUUUUGGCACUGUUUGUUUUCCCACACAUACAGCUCGAAGAUUCUCAAUUGGGACCAGUUAAAGACAGGAUCUGGUAUUUCACACCUAAAUGGUGCCUUCUGUAGAAUCAAUCACCUGACUUUGUUGUAGAAACUGUAGAUACUCGGAUGCAUGAGUUAUGUUAUUUUCUUUCCAGUACUUUUACACCCAUGUUUCAGCACUUAUCAGAUAUUUACUUAAAUGUUUUCUAAAUAACUCCUAUUUUUAAAUUGAGUUCAUCUCCUAAGUGUAUAGGAUGGGGUUAUUACUAAGGCAAAAUGCAGCUGAAAGGAAAAUCCACUACUGACUUUUGUGAAGGAAAAGUCUGAAUGAAUGGAAAUUAAUUCCAUUUCUUGUUUGAUUUUAUUUUUCAUGUACCAUAAACCAUUUAGCAGAGACAGAAGUUAUACUUAAAAUAUAACUCUUAUCCUGUUCUUUUUAACAGUAAAUGGGAACGUUUUCACAAUAACAACAUGAAAUAUUCUAGAUAAUUCUGUGUUACCUGCAACUAAAAGCCUAUUCAAUAUUGAAGGUGUUCAGCUGUUAACAUUUGAAGCCUAGGUCUUAUUAUUUAAAUCUUUCUCUUAUGAAUGUACACUUGAAUUCAUAGAUGGAGGUAGUGUGUUUAAAACUGCCUUCCCUCCCAUGCCCUUUCUUGGCUGCAGAAUGUUGAAAUAGCUACUGCAUGCUGCUUUCUGUUAUUAGGAGAGCAUGUGAGCACUUAGCUCUGCAGCUUGGAAGGGUAUUCAUAAACAUGCUACAGUUAAAGUGCUCAUUGGUUGCUCUAAAUGACAUGUUUACUCUUUUGACUUACACUGUGUGCCUUGUCCAAGUUAAGAACUGUUACAAAAGGGAAUUGACUGUCUAGUACAAGCAGCUUUGAAAUGCAGCAGGGUUAGAGGUUUAAAUCACUACUGUUUGAGUUAACUUUUGUCCUUUAUCAUGCUUUUGAAUUGUUGCUUUGGGGGCCUGUCCAUACUACUCAAUUCACUGCCACUUCAGAGAAAUGGGGGUUUGCAGUACACCAGCUUAUGUGGUGCUGAGUGUUGUGCUGCUCAGCCAUGCUGGUUCAGCUCUAGCAGCAGUGCAGCUGUGACAGCUCUGAGCUUUAGCCUAAGUUCAACUCCUCUCUGGCAAAACAGAAGCCAGUUACUUCUAGUUCAGGACUGCUUCUGUAGAUUUAGCUCAGGGAUUUCUGCACCACCUUGCAAUGCAGGGGUGGGUUAGAGUUUCCACUAAUUCAGAGUGAAGCCAGAUCUACCAGUUGCACUGGUACUUGUGCAGCUGUCUGGAACUCUCCUUCUCUAAAGUUGAAUGCUAAUUUUGGAAUCUGUCUCCUUUCAGUUUUUCUUACAAGUGCACUUUGCUGAUAAACGCACAGCCUUUUAUCUGCUGAGCAACAUAGUACUACUAACACAGUCCUGAAGAGUUGGAAGUCCAGAGGCUGCUCUGCCUGAUAGGAAAAGCUACCAUAAGUAUAGCUGAAGUUUUGAUCUCCAAGUCUUGCCACUCAAGAUUUGGAUUUGCUUUUAGCGUAUGUAAUGAAGCAGCAAUGGCAACAAAGAGGAGGCUGAAAGGAGCCAAAGGGGGAAGGAAGAAUGAAGGUCAAAGAUGAAGGCUUUUUGUACUGAAUCAGUGAAUGCCUUCAUGCUGUCAAAUUUGUAUUCUGUUAGAUUGCUAUGCAUGUUCUAAAUAUUGGAUGAGACCCUGGCUCCAUUUUUCUGCUUCCCCUCCCACUGCUGUUACAGGUUAUCUGUUACGUGGCUUGCACGUGCAUCCACGGUAAGCAUGGAGUCUGGAAUUAAAUAGUUCUGCUCUCUGCUUCCUCCUCUGUCCUACAGGUCAAUUAAAGGCCUACAACUAAGGUUUAAUUUUUAACUUCUGUGAGCUGGUUUCUUCCAGUUCAAUACAGUGUGACACCAGAAUCUCAACUUAAGAAUUUGUUGCCCUCCUUUACCCCAAAAAUACAAAACCAUGGAGUUAAGGCUGUAUGUAUAUAUACACCUUGCUUCUCUGCCUGGAAAAUGCAAUGUGCAGAGAAAAUUGGAACUUUUUUUUGAACUCUUAAAUAAUCCUGGAAUGACAGUGUGUUAUCUUCAAGAAACACUAUUUUUUGAAAAAAUUUCUAUCAGAAUAUAUUUGUUUCCUCAUGCAGUGAUGCUUUUUAUUUUUUUAGUGUAGACUUAAAUGUAUCAGCUUUUGUAGGAAGGUUAGAUUUCAGCUCUCUUUGCAUGUUAUUGGAAGAUAAUUGUAUCGAAUGCGCAAAAUUGGUUGAGAAAUAAAUCUGAAAGCCCA